GCAACCUGGGCACCUGUCUCGUUUCUGCCCCUUACCUGAUAGGCGAUUUACGUUCGCUGCUACCCCUGCUGCUGCUCCUGUCAACCCGAGUUCCGCGAUUGAGACGGUGCCUAGCAAUCCUGCGCAUAGCUUACCGAUGGCUGGUAACUCCGGGGCAUAUGGUGGGUACGGCUACGACUAUGGAGGUGGUUUGCGGCCACAUGUUGAGACUCUUGAGGUUACGAUUGCAGGGAUCAAGGCGCACCAGGAUGCUGAGAUUGCGAAAGAAAAUAGCAAAAGAGAAGAAGAAGAACGAAUUAAGAAAGACAAAGAAGAGGAGGAGCGUAGGUUGCAAGAGAAGAAGGCACGAGAAGAAUUUCAGGCGGAGAUGAGAAAUGAACUAAGUGGGAAAUUGGAUUCCGUUCGCGAACUGUUGGAGAGCAAGAAAGGAGAUAAAGACGAUGAGGUUACGAAGAUGCACCUGGAGAUUGAGAACUUACGGAAGACUUUGCGUGAGGGUAACGGGGCGUCGUCUUCAGAAAGUGUUUUUGAUCGAUGUAAGCGUGAGUUAGAGGAAGAAAGGGCGAAGUCCGACCAACGGCUCGCCACCAUGGAGGAUGAGAUUGCGAGGUUGCGGGUGGUGAACGAUGAAGCGGUCGCUGCGGCGGAUGUCUGGAAGCAAGUAGCGCUCCGACCAGGAUUGGACAAGGUGGCCGUGGCGACAGUGGACAAAGGGAAGCGGCCGAUGAGUCCUGCUACGCAGGCUGUGGAGGCUAAUGAUCGGGAUGCUUUCUUGGUAGAGACCAGACGUACGCUGAGGCCGUUAAAGAAAGAUAAGGUCGUCACGUUAUGUGAGAAGGAGGGGGUCACCUAUUCUACGUUGGAUAAGGCCAAGGAGGAGUUGGCGCUUAAGCGUGCUGAUGUAGCUUUCGGUAAAGAUCGAGGUGGGACAGUGAAGAAAGGUGGGGUGCUGAUUCACGAGGUUACCGAGGAGACCGAGCAGGGUACUACGAUAGUACCGAGGCCAACGAUGACUCAACCACUUCGUGAUUUCGCUCCCGGACGCGGCGUGGUUUUGGAAUUUAUUGCACUGUUGUGUUCAACUCAGAUUAAGGUCUAUUGAAUUUAUUCGGUUCUUUUUUCGAUUCUUGAAGAAUGUCAGGAGAAGUCUAUUUACCGAUUUGCUGUUACAUGUCGAGGUGGGGAGUUGUUGAUUGACUCAUGGAAGGUGCUGCGUCGUGCGUAUGGGGGUUCUAUUGUGUCGUGUUCUUUUGGACGAGGUCUGUUUCGGCAUGCUCGGGGAUGGAUUAAAGCUGAUGUCACUAUCUUGUUUGAGUUUGUUAUUCCCUUCUUAAGUAAAUCGCUGGCCCUUAA